AUCGUCAUGACUCGCUCAAAGGUUCGGAACGACCAACAAACUGCCAUUCUCGUCAUCCAAGAAACAGUGGACGUCCUGUAUAAAUAGUAUCGGACAGGCACCGUCUAGAGCCCAGACCAGAUAGAAAAAGUAAGGAAGAGAGAGAGAGAUGGCGGAAGCCGGCAGAGCUUCAGCAUUCGGCAUCUCAAACACCACCCCUUCCUUGUCAUUCUCCUUUUCGUCUCAUAGCGUGGCCAGCAAGGCGAUGGCUGGGGCGUCUAACCUGCUGAAGCUGCUGCCAACGGGCACGGUCAUCGUCUUCCAGUUCCUGUCUCCCCUGCUGUCCAACAAUGGCGAUUGCCACCUCGCCAACAAGUUUGCCACCGGUGCGCUCCUCAUCCUCUGCGCAGCUUCCUGCGCCUUCUCCUGCUUUACCGACAGCUUCUCCGGUUCCGACGGCAAGACGUACUACGGCAUUGCCACCCGUAGCGGCAUGCUCGUCUUUGGUGGCCACUCCUCCAUCGAUCUCUCUGUUCACCGCCUCAGGUUCGGCGACUUCAUCCACGCCUUCUUCUCAGUCUUCGUCCUUGCAGCUGUGGCUCUCCUCGACACCAAAACCGCCGUUUGCUACUACCCUUCGCUGCUGAGGAAGGAGAAGGCGCUGGCCGUGGCCCUCCCUCCAGUGGUAGGCGCCAUCUCAAGCUUCGUCUUCACGGUUUUUCCCAACAAGCGCCGGGGGAUUGGGUACGCAGAGGUCCCAAGCACGACCAAGUAGGAGCGCACAGUGCAUGGCCCGUCGGUUCGUCACCCCAGCAUGAUGGAGCGUCUCGUCUGUGUGAAAAGUGCUCAACGUCUGAAGCGAAACGCCGUGAUUGUUAAUUUCCAGCAGUAGCCACGUCCUAAUUAAUCUAAGUGUUUGUACCCUUUUCCUCAGAUUCACAUAAAGUAGCCCAAGUAAACUCCUCUGCAGAAAGAACAACCUGGUUUCCCCAUAUGAAAUAUCAAAGUUAGUAAGCUUGUAUAACUGGGAUCCGCGCAUGAAAGAACUUCUCAGAAAGAGGUCGACGCCAAGUUCUUGCAAGCGUGCUUUAUUCAUUA